AGAGAGAGAGGCAGCACUAUCCUCUCCUGCUCUAAUACCUUAGUCCUGUCUCUGUGUGUUGAUGCUCUUCACAUAUACAGUCUGACAUUUAAAGGCUAUGAAUGAAUUUCAAGAGAUAUUUGUUGUAAAGUCAGGACACCAGCGAUUGGAUGUCAACUUCAAUUUGACUCUGUUCUGAAACAAAAACCGAGGGCACUUCUGUAUCAACCCCGACCUCUGGGAUAAAAAUAGCGGCUGACAACGUUAUGAAAACAACCACCAUCCUACUGUUUCUGAAGCUGCACAAGAACCACCUCUGGCUCCUGGGACAGAGAAGUAAAGUCAGCAUUUUCACUGUAAUUGGAGUGACAGUUGAAGACAAGAUUUGACUGGACUGUAGAGUCACCACCAGCACCACAACAACUAAAACUAGAAACUGAGACAGACACACAGUGCUAGAUGUUCCAUCUUGAGCUAAUUUAUGUUAUGAAUACCUGCUCUUACCUAGCAAAAUUUCAAUUGAAGAAUUGAAAUUCAAACUGCAGGUUUAUCUCUCAAUACCAGACUAGACAUAACUAACGAGUCAAACACAAGAACUGUUGUAAAAUCAGGUUUUAACAUAGCAGACUUAGUAAGCCAAGAUGGCUGACCCCUACCAAAACAACAUGUACCAACAGCAAGGGGGUGACAACUUUGGGACAUACAGAGAAGGUGAUGGUCAUGAUGGAUAUGGUUACCGAGCAGACUACCCUCCCCAGGAAGAGGAUGCAGCAAGUGAUGUGACUGAAGGACACGAUGAAGAGGAUCAGAUGUACGAAGGAGAAUACCAAGGGAUACCACAUCCUGAUGAGGUGAAGGCUGCACAGAGAGCUGCACGGGCAAAAGGUCAAGCAGCCAGAGAUGCAGUCUCUGAACUGGAGGAGUUAUCUGAACAGUAUGAGGACAUAAUGGAAGACUGUGGUCAUGGGAAGUUCCAGUGGACGCUCUUCAUGGUGCUCGGUCUGGCAUUAAUGGCAGAUGGAGUUGAAUGUUAUGUGGUUGCUUUUGUUCUACCAUCUGCAGAAAAGGAUCUGUGUCUGUCCAACGCAGAGAAAGGAAUGUUGGGUCUGAUCGUCUUUGUGAGCAUGAUGGUGGGAGCAUUCCUGUGGGGUGGUCUGGCAGACAAAGUUGGCCGUCGGCGCUGUCUGACUGUGGCAUUAGCUAUAAACUGUGUCUUUGCCUUCCUGUCUUCAUUUGCCCAAAGCUACGGCUUCUUCCUCUUCUUCAGGCUGCUGUCUGGCAUUGGCAUUGGUGGAACAGUGCCGAUCGUGUACUCAUACUUCUCUGAGUUUCUUCAGAUGGACAAGAGAGGAGAGCAUCUGUCCUGGUUGUGUAUGUUCUGGAUGAUUGGUGGUAUCUAUGCUUCAUUCACUGCCUGGGGCAUCAUUCCCAGAUAUGGCUGGGGUUUCAGUAUGGGCACAGAGUUCCAGUUCCACAGCUGGCGGGUAUUUGUCCUGGUUGCGGCUCUUCCUGCCAUCACCUCUCUGGUCGGACUCUCUUUCAUGCCUGAGAGUCCUCGCUUCCUCCUGGAGAAUGCCAAGCAUGAUGAGGCAUGGAUGAUCCUGAAGCAGGUUCAUGACACCAACUGGAGGGCCAAGGGACAGCCAGAAAAAGUCUUUACUGUGACUCACAUUAAGGCUCCUAAAACAGCAGAGGAUGAGUUUAUUGAGAUUCAGAGUGCAACAGGAACAGCUGUACAGCGAUGGGCUGUACGCUCACUAACACUCUGCAGACAGGUGUUGAGGAAUGUAGCGUCGCUCCUGUCUGCAGAGCUGCGCUUUGUUACACUCCUCAUGGCCAUAAUCUGGUUCUGCAUGGCUUUCAGUUACUAUGGUCUGUCUGUUUGGUUCCCUGACAUGAUCAAACACCUUCAGUAUGAGGAGUACAGGUCCAAAGUCAAGCUGUUCCAUAAUGAAAAAGUGGUGAACUUCCAUUUUAAUUUUUCUUUGGAGAACCAGAUCCAUAAAGAAGGGGAAUACAUCAAUGACAAGUUCAUCAGUAUAGAGAUGAAGUCAGUGAAGUUUGAGGACUCACUGUUUGAAGACUGUGACUUUGAGGAUAUCAAGUCUACAGACACAGUGUUUGAGAGCUGCACCAUCCGCUCCACUGUCUUCUAUAACACAGAUCUGUGGGAGGAGAAGUUCAUCAACUGUAAGAUGGAAAACACCACCUUUGAGCACAACAAACAUAGCUGCUACCUGGACACUGUUGAGGAAAAUGACGUUCUUAUUUACCUGGUCAGCUUCCUGGGCAGUCUGGCGGUGUUACCAGGCAACAUCAUCUCAGCCCUCUUCAUGGAGAAGAUCGGCAGGGUCAAGAUCAUAGGUGGCUCCAUGCUCAUCUCAGCAGGCUGUACCUUCUUCCUGUUUCUGAGCUUUAGCCAAUCAGCGAUCAUUGCCCUGCAGUGUCUUUUCUGUGGUGUCAGCGUAGCUGCAUGGAAUGGCAUUGAGGUGGUGACUGUGGAGCUAUACCCUACGUCUAAAAGGGCCACAGCGUUCGGUGUGUUGAACGCUCUGUGUAAGCUAGCAGCUGUCCUCGGCAGCACAGUAUUCACCAGCUUUGUGGGCAUCACCAAAAUCGUCCCCAUCCUGCUGUCCUUCACUGCGCUGAUGUGCGGUGGCCUGUUGGCUCUCAAAUUACCUGACACACAGGAGAAAAUCCUCCAGUGAGGUCACUGGGUGGGGGCAUGGGUGGGGUGGGAGGGUCAGUCUCAAAGUGGCUGCUUAAUGUUUGAAGCAGUUUGAAAUGAUUUUGACUUUGAAAUAACGGAAAUAACUCACGCCUAUUACAUUUAAAAUACCAAGGUCUUAUUUCUUUCUUUCUUUUCAUUUAGUACGGGCUCUACAGAGAGACAGGGGUGGGUCUAUCCACUCAUGAGUUUAGUGUUUUAGUGGCAGGCUACAAGUGUCAAUGUUCAGAAAUGAGUCUGAUUCUGAGUUUAUUUCAGAUUUUUUAAAAACUGAUCCUUUAAUGGUGCAAUGAAUCUAUUAAUACUGCAUUUAAAGUUAUUUUGUGUAAAUCCAACUUGAAGUUUAAAUCAUAUGAUCUAACUGGUUGUCAUAUUCUCUGCUUCUUGUCUUUCUCCAAGUAGUUCCAUGCAUGAUGGGGAGUAAUGUCAGAUAAAAUGUUUUCCGUCACUGGCAGCAGGUUUAACAAAUAACCACCGGUGUGUUGAACUUGUGAAAGAGGCUUGUUGAAGUUUUGGAAGUUCCCCUCUGCUUGAUGUCAUCAGCAGCUCUGACACACUCAGUGUCCUGCAGUAUAGAAACCAGGGAAUCCAACUAGCAACAUCAAAUAGUCCUGUAAACUCAGCACUACACCAUCAUUCAAACACAUAGGUAUCACCAGACCCCUUUUACUGGGGCACAUGCCCAGCUUUGUCGACUUCUAAACCAGUUAACUGAUUGUGAGGCUGUUGGACUUGAAAUUAUACCAUAAACUAUUUUUAUAGUUACCUCUCACACUCACACAGCACACUGGUACACCAUGGAACCUAAAUCACAUCAAACUGAUGAAAUCAACUUCUUUGACUCUUUUUUGAAGAACACAAGUAAAAUACACCCAAGGACUUCAGUUCAUUUUGUGCAACUUAGUUCUGAGGAAAAAUUAAAAUCUUAACUUGCUUCCAGCAACCAGCAGCCACAGUGACAGAGUACUACCCACUUCUUUCUUUCAGCAGAUCAAUCAAAGAGCAGUUGGGAGAAGGAGUGAACUUGGAGCAGGGAAGUAAGUCUGAAAAAAACAGAAAAAACAUUGGUUCCAGGACUUUGUCUAGGAGCAGAGACAGGUAGCCUGAGCAGAGAAUUUGGACAUGGCAGGCAAAGAAGGAGGGGAAACCGUUUUAGCAUGGAAUGUGGUUUGGCCUGACAGAGGCCUUUGAUUAACAUGCUUGAGGUGUGAGUGAGAUGAGGGUGGGCAUGUAGCCCCGGUCAACAGCUUUUUAAAUUUUAAGUUAAUUCCACAAAUGUAGGGCAGAAAAGUAAACAAUUUAAUCUUGGGGAUGGAAUAGCGAAUGCAAUGAAGCUGUACAGGGUCAGGACAUUGAUUGAGGGGAAUGAGAGACCAUGUGAGGUAUGGAAAACUUUGAAGCAAUUCCGACCUGUCAUGUGAGAUGUGAGAGUUUGGGGAGUGACACUGCUCAGGAUGGCAUCUUGUGAAGCAGUGACUAAUGUCCCAACUGUGAGGUUAGUUUAAGAUGGUGGCUAAAAACAGUGGGACUGGAGUCAGUAGAGGGUCUGCGGUAAGUACCAAUUGUCUGAAUUUAGCAUUAUGUCCAGAUGAUGCAAUAGUCCUUUGUUGAUGAUAUCCACCACAGCGAUGUUGUCGGAGUAGAUGGUGAUUUCUUCUUAGACUGUUCAUGCCGCCAAAAGAUGGCUGUCACAAUGACUGGGUAUAUUGGUAGGAACUGGUGCUGCAGUUAGUUCCUUUUCUUUGCUUCGUCUAUUGUAAUGUGGUUGUGCGAGGAUGGUACGGAAGCAACUAAGAAAUUAAGGUGAGAAAAGACGAAUUGACCUUGAGGGAUGAUAUGGAUGGCGUAGUUGUGGUGACCUAGCAGCAAGAUUAGGUAACGCUUGAUGCAUCUAUGGAUUGUAAGAAAACUUGACAUGAUUAAGGAAAUCAGAUGGAUUUUCUCGGUAGGCCGGGAUGCUUGGAAUGAGAUAGAACUGACAGUGAUGCCAAGAAAUUGCAAAAAAGUGCUGGGACCUCCAUUUUCUAUGAGAGAGGAACUCGUAGUUCUUGAAACAUGGAAGUCAAAAAGUUAAGACCAUAUGAAGGGAGUGAAGUGAAGUGCCUUGAGAUGACUUUUGCUGUGAUUUGGCGCUAUAUAAAUAAAAAUUGAAUUAAAUUGUAGAUGAUGGCAUAGCAGUGAGAAAGUUACCCAUACUUCAAAGUAGCAAGUGCCCUGCCAGAGGAUGCUAAAAAAAAACCUGUAAUCGGGAGAAUGGGAAGGACUUUAAAGGCAAAUUCUGACUUGGACGACUCAGCUCUAGGCCCACGAGGUGGAUGAGAUAUGGCAUGGACAGUUGUUGUAUACUGUAUGGAGAAUUCUGAGCUAGGGAUGACACUACUGAUGCCUAGGAUGGCAGAGGUAAGCUGUCCAAGUUUGAGGUAAGCGUUUUCUUGUGAGUCUGAUGCAGGUCUUAUGAAAACAGAGUCACAGGGGAGAGAGACUAAUGAGGUGUGCUUAAAUGCUUCCAGUGCAGAAAUGGGAAGAGUUUUAACUCAUUUAACUCCAGUGAUUUUUGGUAAACGGUGUGUGAUUUUUCUCUCCACAUUUCACAGCAGUUUUUUUUUAACAUCUCAUUGCCUCAAACUAACACUGCAGUGGCAUUAGUUGAAGUGAAACAACUACUUAUUUGUGUAUUGAAGCCCAACAUUUGGUCUGUUGUGCUGUAUGUUUUGCAUGAGUAUGAUCACCUCCUCCUGUACUGGGUUUCAUCAGGACAGUGAACGUAUCAUCACUCAUUUGGUUUGACUUACACAGACUAUAUGUGUGUACUGUAAUGGUGUAUACUUGUUUUUCAGUCUCUGUCUGACUCUGCCUUUCACCAUCUGUGGGCUGAACACAUCAACCUGUAAUGAGCAUUUAUAAUUACACUCACCAUUUUAUAAAGUAACUGAAAAAUAAAGGACAAAUUAAUCAAUAAGAAAAUACUAUAAAUGUGACCCAGGAUUAAAGUGAAACUUGAUUUACCCUUCAACCCUGUCUCCUAGAAAUAAUCAUCCUAUACAACUAAACUAUAAGAGUAAAUGCAUUUUGUAAGAAAUGUGACCAUGAUUUGAUCAUGUCAUGAAGGUUUGUUGUUAAUUUGUGUGUUUUGUGCUUACUUGUUUGAACUACAUGAGAAAGAUCCUUCUCUGCUGGUGUUUGCUUUGACCAAACUUUAGCUGAAAAUGUUUACUAUGUCACUUGAUGCUGGGAGACUCAUCAGUUCUUUAUUUAUCAGAUCAUUAUUAUUAGCAGUUUCAGUAACAUUCUUUUCAAGUUAAUAUUUUGUAAAUAACAGGUUCCGUAACAUGCUUUUCUGAGAGAGCAUGCUGGCAGCCACAUGGCAUAAACUAUAAAGCAAAUGUUUCAUGUACAAAACUCAACCUGGAUUAAAAAGAAAAUGUUUCAGUCUUAUGAAAGCUGACAGAUUGUUGUCAGAAAGAAAUAUGUUACUGCAAAAACUGAUGAAAUGGGGAAUGUGAGAUUUUUUUUGUUACCAAUGGAUACAACCUGGAUAACCUUUUCGCCAGUAUCAUGUAAAAGUAGACAAAAAUUCUAAAUAUCAACAAAUCCAUAAAGUAGAAGUUAUAUGAUGUGUUUUCUUAAUAUAUAAAAAUUCACUGCUUGCAAAUCACCAAAAUUAGCCCAGGUCUAAUCGUGUAUGAUUGUCUAUGAAAGUAUUGAUACUAAUAUAUGUUUUUGUUGGUUUGAUAUACAGUGUUGGAGAUGGCUCAUGAAUAGUGUGUCUGUUAAUGAAUUCAUGUCUUUAUUUAUUUGGACCUGUUGUCUGACUUAAUUUCUGUCUGUUACUGUGUGCAUUUGUGGUUGUGACAAGUCAGAUCAAUAAAAUUAGUUCAUCAGUGCACUGA